AUGGACGCAGGAAAAGACACAAAAGAGACCACCAGCCCCUCGACCCCCGAGGACUCCUGGAGCCCCGAGCUCCCGCAGCUCCCACAGCUCCCGCGCUGCCCACAGCCCCUGGAUGAGGAUGGCGGGCCCCGGGAGGCAGCAGCUGCUGAUGGGGGUGGUGCCCCCGCCCAGGAGAACCCCCCCGCCGACUCCCCGGCCGAAGCCUCGGGGGCGCCCCCCGCCCAGGCCCAGGCGGAAUGCCAUGCCAGGCAGGGGGCCAAGGUGGCCGCCGGCGGAGUCCCGAACAUCGGCUUCGUGGGCGAGCCCCCUCCCUACGCGCCACCUGACCCCAAGGCCGUGCACCUGCUGUACCCGCCCUUCCCGCAGGGGCCUGUGCUUUUCCAGCCCGGGCCCUCGCCCCAGGCCCUGUACCCGCCGCCCACAACGCCCCUCUACCCUGCGCCCACCCCACCGCAGCUGUUCACGCCUUUCCCUGUGUACAACAGCGCCAUGGCCGGCAUGCCAGCCCCCACCACGGUGGAGCACAGGCCCCUGCCCAAGGACUACAUGAUGGAGUCUGUGCUGGUGACCCUCUUCUGCUGCCUGCUCACUGGGCUCAUCGCCAUCGUCUACUCCCACGAGACUCGGGCGGCCCUCAGCCGGGGGGACCUGGCCCAGGCGGAGGAGGCCUCGCGCAAGGCCCGCUCUCUCGUGCUGUUCAGCCUGCUCUUCGGGGUCUUCGUGUCCACCAGCUGGGUCAUCUACGUGCUGGUGGCGCUCUACCUCCCGUGA